CUUCUGUUUAGUCCAAUAGUAGCUUAAAUUUCUAACUACUUUGUAAUUGGUUGGUAACAAAAACAUAACGGUCCAGAUUUUCAUUUUCGUUUACCAUAUCGUUUCAUGGGAACUAUCCCAAAUACAAAGCGAAGCCAUCAUAACCGAAAAAAUCGUAACCUCAAAAAUAUUUGCGGUGCGUGGACGCCUUGUUUGAAGCACGAAAUUUUAUUAUUGAGAAGAGUUAUACUAAGUCUAUUAAAGAAUAAAACUCUGCGAUAGUCAGCUGUACUCUCUGAGGAAUGUCGACGGACUUUUAUAUACGUUAUUACGUGGGCCACAAGGGAAAAUUUGGCCACGAAUUUUUAGAAUUCGAAUUUCGACCUGAUGGCAAGCUACGUUAUGCCAACAAUUCCAACUACAAGAACGAUACAAUGAUCCGUAAGGAAGCUUAUGUACAUAACUGUGUAAUGGAAGAGUUGAAGCGAAUCAUACAAGACUCAGAAAUCAUGCAAGAAGAUGACUCCCUAUGGCCACAGCCUGACCGAGUUGGUCGUCAAGAACUGGAAAUUGUUAUUGGGGAUGAACAUAUCUCCUUCACCACAUCCAAGACAGGAUCCUUGCAAGAUGUUAAUCAAUCUCGAGACCCUGAAGGACUGCGAUGCUUCUAUUACCUUGUCCAAGACUUAAAAUGUCUUGUUUUCUCUCUAAUCGGACUCCAUUUCAAGAUUAAACCCAUAUAAAUAUAGUUUUGUACUUUAUAUGUUUAACGAGUCAUGAUAAAUUCUUUUACUGUAUCAGAAUGAAACAAAACUUUCCAUGUGUAAGACCUUAAUUUCGACGACACCGAUAAUAUGUUUGUAACGUUCAAAAAUAUUAAAAUCAAUUCCAUACUAUUC